AUGCAAGCUAAUGAAUGGGCAGGUUUGAUGAAGCACUGUUAUUUUAGGGGCUAUGCCGGUAAAGUAUGGUAUCCGGACGGCAAGUUCUAUGCGAAGUUCAAGUCAGCAAGUUACAUUGCGGACAGCUAUUCAGACCAGUUUGGACCAACCGAUGAGGAGAUACAAGCGGCGAAAGAUAAUGACAGAAGAUGUCAGUGUUUAGUGCUGCCAGAAUUGGUUGAGAAGAAAAUUAAGAACAUGGUUCUGAACUUCGGGCCUCAGCACCCAGCUGCCCAUGGCGUGCUUCGACUAAUGUUGGAGCUGGAUGCAGAGAUCGUCAUUCGUGCCGUGCCUCAUAUUGGCAUGCUUCAUCGGGCGACCGAGAAGUUGAUCGAGUUCAAAACUUACACGCAGGCUUUGCCUUACUUCGACCGUUUGGACUACAUGACCAUGAUGUGCAGUGAACAAGCAUUCGCAUUGGCAGUCGAGAAGUUGCUCGGAAUCGACAUUCCACCUCGAGCGAAAUGGAUAAGAACGCUGUUUGCGGAACUAACGAGAGUGAUGAACCACACGAUUGCCGUCGGAACCCAUGCGUUGGAUAUCGGCGCGAUGACGCCGCUCUUUUGGAUCUUCGAAGAGCGAGAAAAGAUGUUCGAGUUCUAUGAACGCGUUUCUGGUGCACGAAUGCAUGCCAAUUAUAUUCGCCCGGGCGGAGUCGCCGCAGAUAUCCCUUUGGGUCUGAUGGAUGACAUGUACGAAUGGGCGCGGAAGAUGCCUGCCAGGCUCGACGAAAUCGAAGACGUCUUGACGGAAAGUCGUAUAUGGAAGAUGAGAACGAAGGACAUCGGUAUUGUCACGGCAGAAAACGCUUUGCACGGCCCAAUGCUUCGAGGAUCCGGUAUCAAAUGGGAUCUGCGAAAGACACAGCCAUACGAUGCUUAUGAUCAGGUGGAAUUUGAUGUACCUAUCGGUACGAAAGGAGAUUGCUACGACAGGUAUUCUCUUGUUUGGAAAUUGAUUUUGAAGCACGAGCUUUAUCCUUUGAACCACCUUAGGUACCUGAUUCGAAUGGAAGAAUUGCGUCAAAGCUUGCAUAUCAUUGAACAGUGUCUGAACAAGAUGCCCGCAGGCGAGGUCAAAAUUGACGACCACAAAAUCGUUCCUCCGAAGCGGGCAGAAAUGAAAGAAAGCAUGGAAGCUCUGAUUCAUCACUUCAAAUUUUAUUCUCAAGGCUUUCAGGUUCCUCCUGGAACCACUUAUACUGCCAUUGAAGCUCCAAACGGCGAAUUCGGUGUCUACCUGGUUGCUGAUGGAUCGUCGAAGCCUUAUCGAUGUUUCAUUCGAGGACCUGCGUUUGCUCAUUUGGUAUUAUGCAUUCAGAUUAGAUUUUUUCUUUUUUAA